AUGUACCAAGCUGUACAACUCACUAAACUGGCUUCAUUAUUUUUCAUGCCUUCCUGUUGUUUUCUUCAUUGUGGAUAUCAAAAAGGACAGUUGGAACCAAUAAAUGAGGGUUUCCUGUCCAAAAUCUCUGAUCUGCUGCUGUGCCGAUGGACCUGCAGGAAUUGCUUUGAGAAGUGCUAUGAGUGUACCUGCUGUCAAUCAACUGACGAUGAAGUGGAAAUCUUGGGUCCAUUUCCUGCACAGACUCCUCCGUGGCUGGUAAGUGACCGUAGUGAUGACAAAGAAGGUGAUUCAGAUAAUACAACAAGUGAGCCCCCUCCUACGCCACAAGCCACAUCACCGGACAGGCGACGGUCAUCUUCAGACACAUCGCGCUCCACAUACAGCCUCACCAGGCGGAUUUCAAGUUUAGAAUCAAGAAGACCAAGUUCUCCAUUAAUUGACAUUAAACCCAUUGAGUUUGGUGCUUUGGGAGCUAAAAAAGAAAUUGUACAACCAACAGUACUGAGAAAAACGUACACACCGGAGGACUACUUUAGAAAGUUCGAACCUCGUCUUUAUUCUCUUGAUUCCAGUAAUGAUGAUGUAGAUUCAUUAACUGAUGAUGAAAUUCUUACAAAGUAUCAAUUAGGUAUGCUGCAUUUUAGUACGCAAUAUGAUUUACUGCACAAUUAUCUGAUUGUAAGGGUAAUAGAGGCCAGAGACUUGCCACCUCCCAUUUCCUACGAUGGCUCACGACAAGACAUGGCUCAUUCAAAUCCUUACGUAAAAAUUUGCCUACUGCCCGAUCAGAAGAAUUCUAAGCAAACAGGUGUCAAACGUAAAACCCAGAACCCAGUGUUUGAAGAAAGAUACACAUUUGAAAUUCCAUUUUUGGAAGCUCAGAGAAGAACUCUGCUUUUAACUAUAGUGGAUUUUGAUAAAUUCUCAAGGCAUUGUGUCAUUGGCAAAGUCUCAAUGUCAUUGAAUGAGGUUGACCUUGUAAAAGGAGGACAUUGGUGGAAAUCCAUUAUCCCAAGCUCUCAGAAUGAAGUGGAGCUGGGAGAGUUGCUACUUUCACUUAAUUACCUGCCGAGUGCUGGAAGACUGAAUGUGGAUAUCAUUAGAGCAAAACAACUGCUUCAGACAGAUAUGAGCCAAGGUUCUGAUCCAUUUGUGAAGAUCCAACUAGUUCAUGGUUUAAAAUUAGCAAAAACCAAAAAGAGCUGUUGCAUGAAAGGUACAAUAGAUCCAUUUUACAACGAGUCCUUCAGUUUCAAGGUUCCACAAGAAGAGCUCGAGAAUGUCAGCCUAGUAUUUACAGUUUACGGACACAACAUGAAGAGCAGUAAUGAUUUUAUCGGAAGAAUAGUGAUUGGUCAGUAUUCCUCAGGCUCGCCAGAAGCCAACCACUGGCGCCGUAUGCGUAAUACCCAUCGGACAGCUAUGGAGCAGUGGCACAGCCUAAGGUCCCGUGCUGAGUGUGAUAGAGUUUCUCCAGCUUCCUUAGAAGCAACGUGAUAACCAGAAACUCAUUGUAGUUACACACACAAACAAAACACUAUGAGAUUUGGAGCAAAUUUUUCAGCUGCUUAUAACUAAGUGGCAGC